CUCCUACCCACCCCUCUCAAGAGCGUGCUGCCCUAACUGACGCCGUCGAAUUGUCUCAGGGGGAAAAAAAGUGACGCCGUCGAAGCGCGCGCCGCCGCACGCUCUCUCCCCGGCCGAGCCUCCGCCGCCGCCGCCUCUCCACAGCCCACGCGUUAAUAAUCCCUGGACGAUGGAGAUGAAUGCUGCGACAAGUCUAGAACCUAGAGCAAAGGCCACCCUGGUUCUCGGAGGGGAAUCGUUCACAGUCAGCUCCGAGUCGGGUGCCCUGUCGGAGCAGCUGGCGGCGAUGAGGGAGAAGAGCAUGGUGAUCCUCAAGGAGUACAUCACCAAGCACAACGUCCCAAACGAUGUCCCUGAUGAAUCCAUCGAGGGCCCAUCGGAUGAGGAGGGUGAGGCACUUGCUAAAAACCCGCCCAAGAAAUCAAAGAAGCAGAAGUGAUUGUCCUAAAUCUCAUCUGAUUUAUCGUGUUCUUUCUUAGGCCCCUCUUGCAAAGAUCCGAGAACAUGCUGUUACCCCUUGCUAGCUGUUCCGUUGACACAGAAAAACCAAAUUAUUCUUAUGCGCCCCUGCACUAGCUGCUUGUGUAACAAACAAAUCGCUGUGUGCAAGCGAUGCUCAAUGUUGUUAUCCGAUAA